AGCGGUGACAAGCCUAGAGACCCCAGGAGAGUCUAUGCAAAUCCAGUUUAUCCUGAGAUCUGUCCCAUAUUGGCAUUAGGAAUCUAUUUGCUUUGCUAUUUACCAGAUGAACUGUCCCUGUUUCCAGGCAGAUCACAAUACAAGCGUUUCAUGCAGGUUCUUUCAAAAAUAAUGAUGCCACCGAAUCAAUCGGAGUCAGCAGCCCCGAUUUUCAACACGUAUCUACGAUAUGAAGCAGCAGGUGAUGCAUUUGUUGGACGUACUAUAACAGGGCUUCCCAUCGACUCAUCAGAGUUUGCAAUUCUUCCGCCGCAUUUCAAAGAAGCUGACUCGUCAGGGAUGGUCACAAGUGCGAUUCAGAUGCUGUUCCCAACAUUACCCAUGUGCAUGUAUGGAGUUGCGGAGUUUGCA